CCGACUUGGCUCUGGGUAGCGGUACUCUGUUCUGGGGCGAUACGCCCAGGCGGGUCAUGAACGGACCAGCGGACGGCGAAGUGGACUACAAAAAGAAAUACAGGAAUCUGAAGCGGAAGCUCAAGUUCCUCAUUUAUGAACAUGAGUGUUUCCAGGAGGAGCUCAGGAAGGCACAGAGGAAAUUGCUGAAGGUUUCCCGGGACAAGAGUUUCCUUCUAGAUCGACUUCUGCAGUAUGAAAACGUGGAUGAAGAUUCUUCCGAUUCAGAUGCCACUGCAUCUUCAGAUAACAGUGAGACAGAAGGGACACCCAAGUUGUCUGACACACCAGCCCCCAAGAGGAAGAGAAGCCCUCCGAUGGGGGGCGCCCCAUCCCCUUCCAGCCUCUCCUUGCCUCCUUCAACAGGAUUUCCCCUGCAGACCUCUGGGGCCCCCUCCCCAUACCUGAGCUCGCUGGCUUCCCCUCCUUACCCCCCAUUCCCUUCCGACUACCUGGCCCUGCAGCUGCCUGAGCCCAGCCCCCUGAGGCCCAAGCUGGAGAAACGGCCCCGCCUACCCCGGAAACUCAAGAUGGCUGUAGGACCCCCUGACUGCCCUGUGGGUGGGCCACUGGCCUUCCCUGCCAGGGGUUCUGGGGCCAGUGUUGGGGCAGCCCUGACCCCCCUGCCUCCUCCCAAGAUGCCCCCCCACACGAUCCUGAGCACCGUCCCUCAGCAGAUGUUCAGUGAUGCAGGCAGCGGAGAUGAUGCCCUGGAUGGAGACGACGACCUGGUAAUCGACAUCCCAGAGUAGCCGCCCUGUGCUACUCCCAUGCCAGCACACUUGAGCCCACUUCUCGAGAUGUUUAUUGAUGCCCAGUUGCCAUGCUUCGGCCACUGACACAAUCAGAAAAGGCGUAAACAUGCACAAAUGUCCCCGAGGACGGUGGCAGGGGUCCUGCCCUCACGUCCCAGCCCCAUCCAAGGGACAGUUAUUUAAAUGAGUGGCCAAGAGGAUCUGUCCCAUCUUAGGGAGGCAGAGAUUCUGUGGAGGCCACCCCUCCAGAAGAGCAGCUGAGCAGGGCUGGGACUUUUUAAUGAAGGCUCUGUAUUAAAGGGUUGGCUCUUUCUUUACUUGUCUUCUCCUCUUUUGGAAAUGUCCUCCUCUAAUCGCCCCUAAUCCGACCUCCUCCCUGUGAAGCAGGGGCCGGGCAGCCUGGAGAGGCGGAAGAGGAGUAGCAGAGUGGGUAAGGGCACUGGCAGGAGACUCCCACAUGGCCCUGUGCAUGGGGUGGUUGCAUAUUUGCAGGUAACAGCAAGUCAGGCAGGAAAAAGUUUGCAUAUGUGACUAUAGCUCUCCACAGUCCCUCACAAGAAGACAGACCCACGGUCACAGAGACCCACAAAAAAGAAGACAGGUAGUGUGGGGCAGGGGGAAUCCCACCCUGUGUAAACGUGCAACACACUCGUGCGAAGGUUGGGUACUGGACCCGGCCCAAAGGGCCUGUGCUGGGCAGCUGCUGUCUGCUUAGGCCAAAGGGAAAGCCCCUGCUGCUGGGGGCAGCUCGCUGGUCAGGGUGUGCCAGCGCUCCAGGGCUGUGUCUGGCUGGUGGAGACAGUCACUCCAGUGCUUCUGCGCCUCUCCCCUGGCUCCUGGCCCCAGAGACACACCACCUGAAGAACAGCCAAGGCAUGCAGACCCCUCAGUGCCCAUUCUCCUGCCCCACUCCUCACAGUACCCUGGUGGGCUCCGCCACUCACCUAUGAAGUCGUUGGAUUUGCCGAUGUCAUAGUCCCAGACUGUGACUUCCAGGGUCUUGGUGGCCAGAGUGGAGAGUUCCAUCUCAUAGAAGAAUUCCUGAAGACAAAGCAGAAGUGCUUUCUGCCAGGCCCUCUACCACAGCGCUGUCCCCAGCCCGUCUUUAUUUCUGCUCCCUGUCAUGCUUACCUCAUUAAAUUCUGGGUUUAAUGUCUUCUUCUUUA